UGGGGGGUUUGGUUGGGGUCCUGGACCGGGAGGUCCUGGCUGGGGCCCAGGGCCUGGUUGGGGUCCUGGACCUGGGGGGCCUGGUGGGGGGUUUGGUUGGGGUCCUGGACCGGGAGGUCCUGGCUGGGGCCCAGGGCCAGGUUGGGGUCCCGGACCUGGGGGGCCAGGUUGGGGUCCCGGAUUUGGAGGGCCAGGAUUCUUUGCAGGUCCCGGUUUUGGUUUCUGGGGACCUGGUGGCUUCUUUGGUGGCUUUGCUAAUGGCAUAUGCAACAUGAUAUAUUCUUGCAUGUCUUGUCUUUGCUGUUGCUGGUUGCUGCAAGGUUGUUUUGGGGGACCACCUGGACCCUAUGGGCCUCCUGGCGGACCUCCUCCUUUCUGAUUUGGCUGAUCUUUAUACGAUUAUGUGAAUGAUAAUGAAUGAUUUAAUUUAUGUGUAACCUUAAUGGUUGUUCUGUGGUUUAUUAGGAAAUUAUGAGUUUUGACUUAUUCA